UUCUUUAAUAAGAGCAGAAAAAAGCAAGAAAAUACUUCUGCUGCAUCUCUUGUAGAGAGAGAAGCUUCUUGGAAACUAUAACCGGGAAGCAAAAAAAAAACCUCUCUCUCUCUUUCCCUCUGUGGUAGCUAGGUCAACCACAUGAUGAACAACUGGCUUUCUUUCAUUCCAAUACCGAAUUACCAACUGGCUUGUCUUGUUUAGGGUUUUGAGAGCUCCUUUUUGGUCAAAGAAGAAGGCACCGACUCUUUGGUUAGUUUGUACUGAGCUAGAUUGCUCCCCUUUAGCUUCUCUUGUUUGUGGCCUCACAGUUUUGAAAGAGAAAAUCUUCUGAACGAGAGACCAAAUCUUCUUUUCCAGGUGAGAUCUAGUGCGAUCAUAAGAAGCUCAAGAAUUUCUUUGGUGGAUCAUCAUGAACUUUGUUGGAGGAGAAAGAGGGUAUUUUGAUAAAGAAGAACAAGAAGAAGAGGAAGCCAUGUCAAGUAAGCUUCCCUUUGCUUCUCCUUGUACAUCAUCUUCUUCUAGCAAAUACAAAAAUUUUCUUCCUGAGCACCAGAAUCUGUGGCCUCGUUUAUUUGAUCAGCCACGGCAAGAUAGCGAAACCCAAGAACCAUCUCUCAAAUUUGUCAAGAAGCUAGAGUUCAUGGAAUUAUCUUUGGGAAAUAACAACGAAAGUGAGAGCUCUAGUACUGAUGCUGGUGGCGGUGCUAGUGAGUCUAUUGAGAGAGAGCACAUGUUUGACAAAGUAGUGACCCCAAGUGAUGUAGGCAAACUAAAUCGUCUUGUUAUACCAAAGCAACACGCAGAGAGGUACUUCCCUCUUGAUUCUUCAUCGAAUGAAAAAGGCCUCCUCUUGAACUUUGAAGACCGGAACGGCAAGCCAUGGCGGUUCAGAUACUCGUAUUGGAAUAGUAGUCAAAGCUAUGUAAUGACCAAAGGCUGGAGCAGGUUUGUCAAAGAGAAAAGGCUUUAUGCAGGUGAUAUUGUGUCGUUCCAACGCGGUGUUGGUGAGACAGGCAAGCACCGUCUUUUCAUAGACUGGCGACGCAGGCCUAAUGCACCAGAUCCAACAUCAUUCUCACAUUUAGAGCUCCAAAAUCAGCUACACUAUCCACAAUCCUUGCGGUGGGGCAGGCUGUACUCCAUGCCCCAAUCUAAUUUACCCAUGCAGCAACCUCAAUUGCAACAUUUGAAUUACAGCAUUCAUCCUUAUCAACAACAUCAACACCAUAAUCAUCAGUAUCAUUAUCAUCAACCGUCCAACAUUAGUUAUGGCAAUGCAGCGCAGUAUUACUUAAGGCCGCCGGCGAGUACGCUUCCAAUUGGGGCAGUGCAUGAACAAGGGGGAAGUCAUGUGCCAGUGGUGAUAGACUCAGUGCCAGUUGUUCAUGGUAAGACUGUGGGGAAGCGGCUCAGGCUGUUUGGUGUAAACAUGGAGUGUCCUACACAAAAUGACCCGUCAUCUUCGGUUACAAUGAUCAGACAUGGCACAUUGGAUUCACUCUCCCCUCGUUUGGCUUCCUCUUCUCUCCCUCCUCCUUUCCAAGUAAGGGAACCCACUGGUGCUCCAAUGCAAGCUGAGUUUUCAAAGAAAGGAAAGGCUUCCUUAUCUUUUGAUUUGGAUCUUUGAUCACACCUGCACAUCAAGUGAUGAAGAUCCCAUUUCUUUCGUUUCUAGCAAUUUAUAAGUUUUAGCCUUCUUUGAGUUUCUUUUUGUCGAUUGUUUAAAUAUUGUCGGUAGAUUAAUAGACGCGGUUUUGGGUAUAUUGUGAAGAGCAAGAGAUGGAAGAGAGGUGCAAGAAAUGUGGAGUUCGACAAAUCCUUCAACUGUGUAUAAUACAUAUAUACAGAUAAAUAUCAGGAAUAUUUCCAUCAUUGUUUUUCCUUUAGUAGUGACUUAACUUAUUGCUAUAUAAUAUAUUAAUUGUCUA